AUGGAUAAAAUACAGAUUAUUAUCAUUGCCUUAAUUGCGUCGGGCGUUGUUUGCAUGGCUGUUUCCUUUGGAGUCGGGGUAGCAAGCUUGCUUGGUGAAUAUUGGAUUGACUAUGCUUUUACCACAACUACUUCAGCUACUGUAAGUGGUAUGCCAGCAACUGUAACUGCGGUGGCCAAAGCUAAUAUUGGAUUAUUCACCACCUGUUACAACAUUGACACCACCACCGUCGUUACUUCAAUUUUUGGAUCCACCACCACCAAUUUGAAUACAAACGCCUGUGUGGAUUCUGCUACCACUGGUUACAUUAAUGGAGAUACAGUUAAGAUGAUCCAGUCUGUUGGUCAAGUGGCCGGAGUCUUCCUUGGCCUCGCCUUUAUUAGCGGAAUACCCAUUCUUGUACUUCACCUUCUGAAAAAGCUUCCCAAGCCUGUCUGCUUCGUGUCCCUCACGCCAGGAGUAAUUGCUUUCAUUUCAAGUCUCAUGUUACUAGUGGCUCUGGUCAUGCUUAAUGGUGAACUUGUAUCUGGAAUGGCACUAGGUAAAACCGCUAACAUGGGAAUUGUAGCAUUAGUGUUUUCUUUUUUGGCCACAGUGACAUAUUCUGUGGCAGCUGCCUUCAUAAUUAAGGGAGCCAUAAGCCCUAAAACGGCCCCAGUUAAUGACGAGUCUACUGAAAAUACGACAGAAAACAAAGAAAUAGAGAAAGAAAAACCUGCUAAUGAUGCCAAUGCAGCGACUCCUUAA